AUGUUUGGUCAAACAAACUAUUCAUCGGAAUGGAUGAUGGUUUUGCAAAAUCUGCAUAUGGCCAUUGUACAUGUGAUCAGGGGAUGGAAAUCGGAAGGUCUGCAUGAGUAUACAAUGAGCACAAGUACAAAUUCAGAAAUGAAGUAUAGUAUUUAUAGUGUACAACUUUCAGGUGCCUCUCAUUCAUUGUGGCAUACAGAAGGAUCAGAAAUGUUUGGUCAAACAAACUAUUCAUCGGAAUGGAUGAUGGUUUUGCAAAAUCUGCAUAUGGCCAUUGUACAUGUGAUCAGGGGAUGGAAAUCGGAAGGUCUACAUGAGUAUACAAUGAGCACAAGUACAAAUUCAGAAAUGAAGUAUAGUAUUUAUAGUGUACAACUUUCAGGUGCCCCUCGAUAUCUACUACCUUCUAAAAUUCUUAAAUACACCAACUAUCUUUGCCUAGUUGAUCCUCAAAUAUCUGUGAAUACAAGAUUUAAGAUCACUGGAGUUUUGAUCUGGUUUGGAUUUGAUAACGGAGCUGUUGGCAGUGCAUAUGGCAAGAGUUAUUUGGAUAAAGCGGAGCAAAAUUUAUUCCUGAACAAAAUUAGAGGCCACAGAUUUUUGGUGCGUUUCAAAUAUUGUCUACUCAUGGAGCCGAUUUACUGGUGCAAAACCGUUCGUCGUGUAAAGCUUUCAGUUUUAUUACAAAAAAUAAAUUUUUCUGAGUUCCAAUGGGAACCGAAUCUUAGUGCACCAAAUUUCCCUCCAUUCAGUUAA